UUUUGGCACUCUGGCGUCGCGGAAGUGUGUGAUGUUAUUAUCAUGGCGGAUCAGAGCAGUGAUGCUGGUGCAGAUGGAGACCUCUCCUCCGUCAUGGGCUUCUCUGGGUUCGGGAGAAAAGCUCGAACCUUUGACCUGGAGGCCAUGUUUGAGCAGACCAGGCGGACGGCCAUCGAGAGGAGCCAGCGAGUGUUAGAGGAUCGUGAGAAGCAGGAGUUGGAGGAGAGCCGGCAGAAGGAGAAACCGUCCACAUCCAGGAAGCAGCAGCCGGACAGUGAUGAGAGCGACUCUGAUGUCAUCGGUCCUCUUCCUCCACCUGCUCAGGCUGAUGAUGAAGAUGAUGAUGAUGAUGAUGAAGAUGAUGAUGAUGAUGAUGAUGGAGUGGUCGGACCACCGCUGCCACCCGGAUUCAUGCGCAGCACUGCUGACGAGGAUGAUGAUGAGGACGGCAAUGAGGACGAGGAUGAUGAUGAUGAUGAUGAUAAUCCAGUGAAGAAGAUACCGGAUACUCAUGAGAUCACACUUCAACACGGCACUAAAACCGUUUCAGCUUUGGCUCUGGACCCGUCUGGUGCUCGUCUGGUCACCGGUGGUUAUGACUAUGAUGUGCGCUUUUGGGAUUUCGCCGGGAUGGACGCAAAUCUGCAUGCCUUCCGGUCACUCCAGCCAUGUGAAUGUCAUCAGAUCAAAGCCCUGCAGUACAGCAUCACAGGUGACGUCAUUCUGGUUGUGGCUGGAAACUCUCAAGCCAAAGUUCUGGACCGGGACGGUUUCCAGGUUCUUGAGUGCAUUAAAGGAGACCAGUACAUCGUGGACAUGGCCAAUACCAAGGGUCACACUGCUAUGCUGAACGACGGCUGCUGGCAUCCCAAAAUCAAAGAGGAGUUCCUGACCUGCUCCAAUGACGGGACUGUGCGCACGUGGGACUUGACCUCCGAAAAGAAGCACAAAUCAGUGUUCAAGCCUCGAUCCCAGCAGGGCAAGAGAGUGACUCCCACCUGCUGCACCUACAGCCGGGACGGCAAACUCAUCGCCGCAGGCUGCCAGGACGGGACCAUCCAGAUCUGGGACCGAAACCUGAGCGUCCACACCAAGUUCCACUGCCGGCAGGCGCACGCCCCUGGAUCAGACACGUCCAGCCUGUGCUUCUCCUAUGACGGAGUCACUCUAGCGUCCAGAGGAGGCGAUGACACACUGAAGACGUGGGACAUUCGCAGCUUCAGGAGUCCACUCAAUGUGGCCACCGGCUUGACCUCCUUCUUCCCCAUGACCGACUGCUGCUUCAGUCCGGAUGAUAAGCUGCUGGUGACGGGCACAUCUGUGAGAAAGGACGAGGGUCAGGGGAAACUGCUGUUCUUCCAGCGAGAGACUCUACAGAAACUCUAUGAGAUUGAGGUGGCCGAUGCGAGCGUGGUCCGCUGUCUUUGGCACCCCAAGCUCAAUCAGAUCAUGGUUGGAACGGGAAACGGCCUGGCCAAGGUUUACUACGACCCGGUCAAGAGUCAGAGAGGUGCGAUAUUGUGUGUGGUGAAGAGUAAGAGGAAGGAGAAACAUGCAGAGACCCUGACACAGGAUUACAUCAUCACCCGACACAGCCGAAGCCGCUGUUCGCCGAGGAAGAGGAGGAAGAAGAGGAUGACAAAGACGAGCCAGAAUGGAAGAAGCGCAAGAUCUGAGGAGAUAUUCUGUUCCCGCUUUACUCUGAGUGUGAGUUGUGAAGUAAAACCGAUGGAGUCACGUCCGUCUGGAUUCUCUCAAACUUUCCCAACCUUUAUUUGGACUGAGUGCGGUGGAGGACAUCUUUACGUCUCUAUAAAAGUCUGUCAGUCUAUAUUGAAGCGGAAGAAAUAGAAAAUAAUGCAGUCAUUUUGCUGAUAGUGGUUUUUAAUUGAUUGAGUCGUGCUCGUACUGACAGCUCAUUGUUAUUAUUUUGACUAGUAUUUCAUUAUGUUCUUCGGUAGUGUUUGUCUCUUUUUACAUACAAGUGAAACACCAUAGUGGAGUGUGUUUCUCGCUUCAGCUAACACACUGUUGUAUUUGGUAUUACGGGUUGUAAAGCAAAAAUGUGUGUGUUUUACGUUCACUCAACCUUUAAUAAAUACUGUUGGAUAUUUGUUAUUUUUGUGGAAGCUGUGCGAGUGGCGCGUCGAGGCGCGCUUUGUGUUGCUGUACGUAUCGCUGUGUGCGAUCACAUGUUUGCGUGACGGUUUGUCGUGUAAACAUUGGAGACGUCACGCUAGCACAACACAUUCCUUUCCAUUGAGUCUUGUGUGUGUGUGUUGGUCCGCCUCGUCUUCCCCAGUGAGUCACUGCGCUCUGUAAAUAUUUACUCCAUCAAAAUCUUUAAAUGCUUCUUUUGUUAUUAAAGCUCCAGCUCUCCA